GAAACCCGGGAGAAGGCUUUCUCCAGCCCCCAAAGUUUUGAUGAUGACCAUGACUACGAUGGCUGACGGCUUGGAAGGCCAGGACUCGUCCAAAUCCGCCUUCAUGGAGUUCGGGCAGCAGCAACAGCAACAGCAGCAGCAACAACAACAGCAGCAACAACAGCAGCAGCAGCAGCAGCAGCAGCAACAGCAGCCGCCGCCGCCACCGCCGCCGCCGCCGCCGCAGCCGCACUCGCAGCAGACCUCCCCGGCCAUGGCAGGCGCACAUUACCCUCUGCACUGCUUGCACUCGGCCGCGGCGGCGGCGGCGGCGGCCGGCUCCCACCAUCACCACCACCAGCACCACCACCAUGGCUCGCCCUACGCGUCAGGCGGAGGCAACUCCUACAACCACCGAUCGCUCGCCGCCUACCCCUACAUGAGCCACUCGCAGCAUAGCCCUUACCUCCAGUCCUACCACAACAGCAGCGCGGCCGCCCAGACGCGCGGGGACGACACAGAUCAACAAAAAACGACAGUGAUCGAAAACGGGGAAAUCAGGUUCAACGGAAAGGGGAAAAAGAUUCGGAAGCCUCGGACCAUUUAUUCCAGCUUGCAGCUCCAGGCUUUAAAUCAUCGCUUUCAGCAGACUCAAUACCUGGCCCUUCCCGAGAGAGCCGAACUGGCAGCUUCCUUAGGACUGACACAAACACAGGUGAAGAUAUGGUUUCAGAAUAAGCGCUCUAAGUUUAAGAAAUUGCUGAAGCAGGGUAGUAACCCACAUGAGAGUGACCCCCUCCCGGGUUCAGCAGCCCUGUCACCGCGCUCACCAGCUCUGCCUCCAGUGUGGGACGUUUCUGCAUCUGCCAAGGGUGUCAGUAUGCCUCCCAACAGCUACAUGCCUGGGUAUUCGCACUGGUAUUCCUCACCACACCAGGACACCAUGCAGAGACCACAGAUGAUGUGACUUGUCUGAGUGAACAGCCUACGGGAGCUUCUGAAGGAG